AUGUCAAAUUUGAUAACAACUAAUUAGGUAUAAAAGCGUGAUCCUAUCAGGACUUAUUUCAUAACACCAUCGAGUUUGAAUUUAAUAGAGACGUGUGUUAACUAACAACAUGAAGACUGGUGUAAAAUAUUCUGUUAUUUGGAUAUUCUCUCUAUUUUGCUAUAUAGAGGCAACAUUUCGUUGUGACUACACGUACAGCAAGGAAGCGAAGGGCUGGUUCAAACAUGUGGUGAUACCAGCUACUUGGGCUGACGCACGACUGCACUGCACGUUGGAAGGUGCAACGCUGGCUUCUCCACUCAACCAGGCUAUCAGUAAUGAGAUGCAGUCCCUCCUGGCGAACCUCUCGGCGCUGCAAUCGGAAGUCUUCACUGGAAUUCACGCGACUGUUUCACGAAGCAACUUAUAUCAUACCAUCGAAGGUAUACCUCUUAGUAAAAUUCCAUUAGAUUGGGCAACAAAUGAGCCAAAUGGUGGGAGAGAUGAAAACUGUAUCACGUUUAACUCCGAUGGCCAAGCGGCAGACAGAUCCUGUAAAGAGACUCGACCUUACAUCUGCUACCGACACACUACUAAAGUGACUGUGGCCAAUGAAUGUGGGACUGUAGAUCCUGAAUACAAUUUGGAUAAAAGAACGGGCUCUUGCUAUAAGUUCCACACAGUACCUCGCACGUUCGAGCGUGCCAACUUCGCGUGUUCUGCUGAAGGUGGCCACCUUGCCAUAAUCAACAGUGAUGUCGAAGCUGCAGUACUGAAGGAACUCUUCGAAAGGAAUCCACCUGCAAAGAUGUUCGGUACUUUCUGGAAAGACGUUGCUUUCAUUGGUUUCCAUGACUGGGGUGAAUAUGGUGACUGGAGGACAAUUCACGGUCAAACGCUAGUAGAGGCAGGAUACAGCAAGUUUUCAUCUGGAGAGCCAAAUAAUUCCUCGACGGGAGAAUUCUGUGGUUCCAUCUAUCGGAAUGGUAUGCUCAACGACCUUUGGUGUGGGCAUCCUAAACCAUUCAUCUGUGAGAAGGACCCGAAAUAUCCAGCCGUAUGUUGUGUUACAGAAUCAGAACCAGAAUUGGACCCUACUCACUUCUUAGAGUAAUUCAAAUUGGAUCUUUUUUUAUAAUUCUACAUCAUUAGAAAUAUGAUGUUUAGUUGAAUCUGCUUUUGAAGAUUGAUUAAAAUAAAUGAAAUCUAUCCACACAAA